AGUCGGAUGUCUUUGAAAUUGUUCUCCCAAUCACUGUCUUCGUGCUGAGUGAUGACGAUUUUCUCCAAGAUGACGCUGAGGAGGAAGCAGCGUCGGUUGCCAAGUUGAAGGAGGAGGAUGAGCAGGAGGUUAACUCAAACAGUGGCGUUUUCCUAAAAAGCAAUGUGACACCUUCAAAUGACAGUAACAGUUUAAGCAUUUGGGAAGAAAACAAGACUGGUUCAAAUACGGAUAAUAGCAUGAAAUACUCUGAAGAAAAAUGGGUUGCUGAGAGUGUGUGUAACAGAUCAAAAUCAUCUUUAAGUGAUUGGUAUGAUGCAGGCACAGAUAAAUAUAGUCAAAAUUAUGUGUUGCCUACAUCGUCUUGCAAAACAGAGCUUACAGAGAUAAACAAAACCAGUGACAGAAAAGAAUGUGAUGGUGAUGAUGGCUUUCAGAAGAUUCUUCCUCUCCUCUCCUCUGAUAGCAACGAGGGUAGAGAUGAUACCAUCAAGACAAGCAGGCAGUUGACAUUGGCAGCGAUAUCCAAACAUGAAGAGGAACUUGUCAGUGUUGCAAGUGUUCUUGCUGUUAGCAGUCAAGAGAAACAACCAGAAAUCCCCAAGGACAUGGAGACAAUUGUUGAAAUGGAAGAUCCUGAUUCUUCAAAGAAUGAAGAUAAUGAAGCUAAUAACAGAAAAAGAAAGAGAAGCAAAUUUGAAGAUGAAACUCUGAGUUCUCUUUUGGAACAUGGCUUGAAAGAAGAACUGAAAUUUACCUAUAAUUGUUCUGCUCCAUUUCUUAAUGGAUGUUCUCCUACUUCAGAAGAAUCGCUAAAAGAGAGACACAGAAGAUUACAUGCAGGCAAAGAAACGUGCCAAGGGCAGCAACUCGACUUCAUAGGUGGAAGAAAGAGAACUCGAAGACCUUUAAAGAAUUACACGUGUGAUGAGUGUAACGUAGUGUUCUACACUAGAGGACAUCUCGGCUUUCAUAAGAAAUUUCAUGAACAGUUUAAGGCUACUGCUAAUGGUUAUACGAAUCAGAGCAAUGGGUAUCAUAAAAGCAAAAUAUGCAAAGUUGACAGUGAUUCCCAGGACCGUAUUUCUCUGUCUCUUUCUGGUAAAGACAAUGAUUGUCUCAGUGGGGGAAUGCUGGCUUCAGAAGUAGACACUGAGGGGGCAGGUGAUGUGCGGGACAAUAAGAAAAUGUGCUCUGGAAAGAAAUUCCCUGAAAACAGCCAUGGAAGCAACAGCUUACCUAUUAUUGGGACUAGCUCAGAAGUUCCUCUGAAUUCAUACAAAAUGGACACUGUUAUUUGCAAAGAGGAACCACUUUUCAACUCCAAGGCCUCUCAUUCACAAGUUCAAGAUGAUGAUGCGUAUCAUAAAUUUGUGGAAAACUUAAAGGAUACAUGGCCUUCCAAUUUGUCUACAUUCAAAAUGUACAAGUGCCGACACUGCAAUUAUGCUACUGCUGUUCAUGGUGACUUUAAGCUGCACCUAAAAGUACAUACAGAUGAAAGACCAUUUGUGUGUAAAGAAUGCAAUAAGACAUUUAAAACAUCAAACCAUUUGCAGAGACACAGAAGAACUCACACAGGUGAGAAACCUUACAGCUGCAGUGUUUGUCAGAAGAAGUUUCGUACUUCCAGUCACCUGAAAAGACACAGAGUCACGCAUUUUAAUAUGGAGCAUCUCAAGUGCAGGAGCUGUGACUAUUCAACGAGCAAAUGGCUGUCCUUGAAACAGCAUCUGGCUUCACACUCUUGUGAGGAAAGCUCAUCUACUGUGUGUCUCUACGAACAAAAGCAGCUACCUGUCAAAACAUACACGUGUGAAGAGUGUGGCUAUUCCACAGCCCACAAUGGAAACUUGAAGCCACACUUGAGAAUUCAUACAGGGGAGAAGCCGUUCAAGUGCAGUCAGUGCGCUCUUGCUUUCCGCACAUCUAGUCACCUGAAGCGCCACUUACUGACUCAUUUAAAGUUGCAAUGCAGAAGAUGUAAAUUUUCUACAGUAGAUAAAAGUGCUUUCCAAAAACAUGUGAAAACACACACAAAAAAGUACAAGUGUGGGAAGUGUAAUGUGAUGCUGCCUACCAAAAAACUUCUGGAAAAGCAUAAGCGGCAACAUAAGUUUGGAAUGUAA